UUUGAGUAACAAAUCGACCCUUUUACUAUUAUAAAUAAUUUUUUCUUCAAUACAAAAAAAAAAUAUAAAUUUAAUAAACAUUAUGAAAUCCAUAGCCGUUUUAUUAGUUUUUUCACUUUUUAUUGCAUUAUCAAAAUCUAUUCACUUAAAAAAUAAUUGUUUAAGACCUUGUCCAAAAAUUUAUGAUCCAGUUUGCGCAUAUGAUGGCGAAAAUUUUAAAACAUUUUCCAGUUCAUGUUCAAUGGAUCUUCUAAAUUGCGAAAAAGAAACACAUUUUACUGUUGCUCAACAAGGUGAAUGCAAAGAAGAUGAAUCUGUCGCAGAAAACUUGGACGUAUCUAGCGAAUGUAAUAAAAUUUGCCCAUUAAUUUAUGCUCCAGUAUGUGGUUCUGAUGGUUUAACCUAUGGUAAUAUGUGUGACUUUGAAAUUCGUAAUUGCCAAUCAAAUUUCAAUUUAUCAGUUCUUAAAGAAGGUGAAUGUUAAAAGUUUCUACAAAAAAUACUGUGAUAGAAAUAUAUAUAAUAAACAAAAGAUUAAUGAAAUUUAAUUAAUAAAAUUAAGUUGCAUUUUUUUAAAA